AUGGCACCUCCCGGCGAUGCCCCGCCACCGCACAAGAAACGACGGUACGGAGAGUACGGCUUCGGAACAUCAACGCAGGACGAGUCGUUCGGAGUACAAUCACUUCCUGUGGGCAUACUUGCGGAUGACUUUUCGGGCGAGCCGGCUGAUGGCCAAGAGUACCUAGCCGUGGUGCGACGCGAAGCGGCAGCUGCGCCUUGCGUGUUCUUGGCCGCGCACAAUCCUUACGCUGAAACAGCAACACAAGCCUCGAGACCGAUCUCAGCGCACGGAGCGUACACCGCUCAUGAUCCAAUCUCAUCGUGUGCAAAUGCGGGCCAAGAAGACGAUGGACUGUGCAUGCCAUCGACCGAAUGGAAAACGACGUUCGUGCGUCAAUUCAAGAAUGCACGCGAAGCAAUCAGCAAUCCACCGCUCGAACCGGUCAGACUGACACGCGACGACCUGCCCAAGAUCAGCAAUACGUCUGCAUGGUAUGCGUGGAUCCACGGCCGACCACCACCACCCACGUCGCCAGAAGAAGCGCAAAAGCAAUCUGCCAAAAAGUACGAAUGGAGAAUUCGCGAGCCCUCGGCCAGCGUGUUGCUGCGUUUGAGCACCGAACAGAUACUAGCCUUGCUCGAGGCGUUUCCCUACUGGAUCGCACAUCGUGUCAUCAUUCCGGACAGCCAGAUAAAGGCGAGCGAGAGGGAGGGAGCACAUGUGCUGCAGCCUCUGCAUGCAAGGUGGCUAUUUGCGCUCAUGUUGAGGUUGGAUGCGAGGUUGGUGAGUGAGGAGAUUAGCACGCUCAGAACACUGGCGAGAGCGUGUAUCGCUGCGAUCACGCUGAGUAGGAUCAGACGCAAGGCGGUACGAUCGCGCACCAACAAGGCUGAGGCUGAGGCUGAGGCUGAGGCUGCGGCUGCGGCUGAGGCUGAGACCGAGACCGACGCCGAGGGCGUGACAGUGACAGUGACAGUGGCAACGCCACAGGCUGCCGAUGCAGCUUCGCACCGCAAUGCCGACGAGAAGCAGAUGAGAAAGGACGAAGCGGGUGCCUGGAUGGUAGUUGCCAUUGUCGCCGGUGUCUGGGGACAAUCGGAUCUGUGGGACGAUGCGAUCGGCGAUAUGCGGCGUGUCACUUGA